AGGAGGCGGCAGAGAGGAGGUUGUUUCUCCAGUCUCUUUCCCCUCGUCUUUGUCUCACACACUCUUUUGUUAGCCAUGCCGAGCCUGCUGGUUCUAGCAGGGCUCAUGGAGAAAAACGGGGGCUACGGCGGGGAUCUAGCCGGCUCCGGCUUCGGAGGCGAGGCUCUCCUGGUGCCGCCCGACGACGACGAGGACGACUCCCGUGCCCUGCGGGUCGCGCUGGGCCAGCUGUCUCUGCUGGGGCUCGGCGAGGGCGAGGACGGCAGCGGAGGCGGCGGCGGAGCCCCGACGACAGGAGUGCAGGACCGGAGCAACAACAACAACAACAACCACCACCAGCACCACCACGGCGGCGGCGGGGGGGACGCGUCGAUUCUGCAAGGGAAGAGCAAGUUGUGCGCCCUGUACGAGAGCUCGUCCAGUGAACCCAAAGGACGAGGCUGCAACAUCACUGAAUGUGUCCCAGUGCCCAGCUCCGAACAUGUGGCCGAGAUAGUGGGCAGGCAAGGUUGCAAGAUAAAAGCCCUGCGGGCCAAGACCAACACCUACAUCAAGACCCCGGUCAGAGGAGAGGAGCCGGUGUUUCUGAUCACCGGCCGCAAGGAAGACGUGGCCCUCGCUCGUCGAGAGAUCAUCUCGGCCGCCGAGCACUUCUCCAUGCUGAGGGCGUCCCGCAACAAGCUGGGGGUGUCCUUCAGUGGCUCCCCGCCCACACCGCUGCCGGGCCAGACCACCAUCCAGGUGAGGGUGCCGUACCGGGUGGUGGGGCUGGUGGUGGGGCCCAAAGGAUCCACCAUCAAACGCAUCCAGCAGCAGACCUGCACGUACAUCGUCACCCCCAGCCGAGACCGCGACCCUGUCUUUGAAAUCACAGGGUCGCCAAGUAACGCCGAGCGAGCCCGCGAGGAGAUCGAAGCGCACAUCGCUUUCCGGACAGGAGGCCUACACGACCACAACAAUGAGAACGACUGCCUGGGCCCCAACGGUGGAACCAGCCCGGCGGGCAGCAGCAGCGGUCUGGAGAGUCGUCUCCAGCAGGUGUGGGGCCUCCAGGGGGGCCAGCGCAAACCUCUCACCAGCAGCUACCGCCAGAACUUCUCAGACGCCAUGGUCGGAGGGGGCGGGGGUGGCGAUAGUGAGGGAGGCGGGGUCUACAACAAGGGCAACUUCUCCAGCUCUGGAGAGAAGCCUUGCUCCUUUUUUGGAUCGGAGGGCACCCAGAGCUGGGGUGACCCCGAUUACCCCAAGCAGAUGGCCUUCUAUGCCCAGCAGCGCUCCAAGAGCUUUGGAGGCCUCCCGUUGCCCCUGACCAGACUCUCGCCGGGCCUGCCCGAGCCAUGUGGCGGCACCACUAACUCGUCAGUCACCAGCAUCGGGACUGUGUCCGGCUCGCCUCACGCCCAGGCUCGCCGCGCCCACAGCGAGCCCACGUCGGCUGGCGAGGGCAGCUUCCCCGGGCGCCUCCCCGUGCCGGACUCACCGCCGGCCACCGUGCGGGACUGCAUGACCUGCUUUGAGAGCAAGGUGACGGCCGCCCUGGUGCCCUGCGGCCAUAACCUCUUCUGCAUGGAGUGCGCCAUCCGGAUCUGUGAGCUGAACCACCCCGAGUGCCCCGUGUGCCACACACAGGUCACGCAGGCCAUUCGAAUAUUCUCCUAAGAAACCAUGUCCGUUUUUAUCUUUUGUUUUGUCGUUUAUUGGGUCAUGAUUUGCUCUUAUUACGGUAAUUAUUAUUACUAUUAUUAUGAUACACGUUUGUUUUUUUCAGAAAAUUUUAAAACAAGCAGAUAUUUUAGAAGGCACUGCUUGCUUUGCUAAAAAGUAUAAGAAAUAUUUUUAAGUUUUUCUUUUAUAUACAUAUAUAUGCAUAUAUAUUUUAUAAAAGUUUUGUUUAUAAGAGAAGUAUAGUACCUUUUCAGGUUUUUUUUGUGGGACUGCAGCUGUUUUUCCUUCAUGAAUCACAGCGCAGGCAGACGUAAUGUGAACAUUUUAUUCUUACACUUUUAUGUUGCCAUGAAGUGGGUUUAAAUGGAAGGAAGCGGAUGAUUGUGGAGGUAAAAUAUUCAAUGCACCGCACCAUACAAUCAUCACAGUUGGAAAACUUGUCAAUCAAACCUUCAAAUUUGAUGGUAAACUAAUCCUUUUAUGAAGCUUUGACAAUAGAUUGAAAUCCGCAAAGAGAAAAUGUGAAUAGUUUAGUCAAAGCCUUGCAAUCGAAACCAGACAACAUAUCUCCCAUACUUUUUUUUCCCUCUUAAAGGGACGGGACAUUACAUCACUUAUUUGUCAUAAUUGGUGAGGUUUCAUUGGUGCCAUUGUUCACAGCGACGGUUGAAAUGAGUGAAUUUCAUCACAGCGGCCAUUGAUUACACAUCGCUCACUGUAAUUUGCUGAAAAGAUUCAGUGACGCUCGCUCCUCGUAGCUUAAAGCGCUGAUUUAAUUUGUGAGGCCCCAAAGCCUUGGAAUCCGUCCAGUUGGCCGCCGCCUCCUAUAUACAAACCCCCUUAACGUGCCCCCCUCCCCUCCACGGACUUGUUUCCUAGCCACCUUAAACCACGCGGUAUUGUCUGGCGUGGUCAUUCGUCCGCCGUCGCGAGACAAUACUAAAGGGGAUGUCUCCACUAAAACGAGAACAAGCAGUUAUAUUAUUAUUAAUAAUAAUCAUGGCGUGUGUUCUCCAGCAGCAUCACGCGUGAGCCGAGCCGUCUGGUCGGUAAUGAGCCGAGCUGCACAGGGGCAGGUACUUCAUGGCCCCGCUGUGGCUUUGACCCCACCGUGGAGGUCUCAUCUGGCCACCUUUCUUUGUAACACCCCCACACCACCACCACCCACCCCGCCCAUCCCUCCCCAGCUCCUCUGCUGCUGCUUACAGUGAGAUCAUUGGCUACAGAGGGCCCUCACUGAGGAGGGGGAUUAUUGUUUCGGCCUGAUAGCGACGACAACUGCUCUUUGAUAAUUAGGCAAAUAUGCUGGUCCAGGUGCAGACCGUAAGGGGCUGAGGCAACCGGGGGUGGGGGUAUUUUAAGGCUACGCCCCACUGUUACAGGCACAGAGUGAACUGAAGUCCACUCUUUUAUAUGAUGCAUAGAAGAGGAACGGGGGCAUCCUUUGUCCUAGCCAACACACACACGUACACACAAGCACACACACAGACACACACACACAUGCUUGAUUUGACUAAAAUCUGAGGUGGACGCUUGAUACUUGAUGAAAAACAUGUGGUCGUCUUACAAAAAAAAGAUCACAUGAGGUGUAGUGUGAUAUUCCCCCCCACCCCUCACUCACAUACACACACACACACACACUGUGGCGCUGUGAAAUUCUAACAGGGUUUACGUGACAGCAGCAGCAGCACCGAUCGAAGUUUCCACAAGGCCCCGCCCCCUCCCACUUGUCCUUAACCGCCACCCUCCCUCCAUGAUGCGGGCUGGCGACUGUGCAGGGCCCGUCCUGCAGCUGCCCCUUCACUAUGGAUACUGGGGCCUCAGCCAAUAGAAGACCCGCCACCCGGCCCCUCCCCAUUGAAUGAAUGAAAAUCAGACAAUUGUAAUUGACAGGAAAGCAAAGGAAACGCCCCAUUUAAGCAGAAUCAAAUUACACCCCCCCACACACCCCUUCCCGCUUUCGUCUGCACGACUCAAGCCCGGGGGAUUUCAGAAGAGGGCGCGUGGGGUAGGGGGGCUUAAGCUGUUGAAUAAAAGGGAGGGAGGGGUUGGGCAUGUGGCUGGAGAAAGGGUAGCGGCAAGUUGGGGCUUGUUGUCACGUGGGGGCCAGUGGUGACACCGGAGAACAUGUAUACACCCACACCCUCAAGAGACACCCCCACCCCACCCCCACUCCUCUGAGGCUGUGUUCACACUUGUGGUUCGGUGCUUUGGUCCAGACCAAAAAAGAUUCUCGGUGCACACUUUGGUACACGUGGGCUGUGCAGUAAAGAACAUAACGCUGGGGUGUCCAGAAUAUGGAAGGAUGCGGGGGCCACUUUGAUACAUUGUGAAUAUUAAAGAUGCUAGGUCAAUAUAUGCUAAACUACCUGAAGAAAACAUCCACAUUUAAGCUGUGUUAAUUAGUGUCAUGCAGGCAAACCUCGUUUUUCGUACUCCCCAGUCUGUUUUCGUACAAUAUUGCACGUUACCCUGCACUGUAUAGUUCCGUAAAGUCGAGGGCCCAAACAAAGCACCACUCACUGUCUGUACAUUUUUUAACUGAGUGCAACUGCUAAAUAACCCAAAAUAAUUAUUUACAUUUUUUUUCUGCAUGUAAAACGAUAACUGUUCUCUGGAACGGAUUAAUUUGUUUUACAUGAUUUCCUAUGGGAAAAAUUGCCUCAGUUUUCAUGUUUCAGUUUUCACUUCCACUGUAUUUAAUAAUAUAUCUCAUUAAAAAUUAAUUUAUUUUAUUUUUGCAAUAUACAGAGGGCCAAUUAAAAAUGAGCUGCUGGACAAAAAUGGCCCCCGGGUCGCACUUUGGACACCGCUGGCAUUAAGUCAGGACUUAUUAUGUGACGUAACUCAAAUAUUCAGAACCAAAACGCCGUCCGCUGGCUUGAAUCCGCAGGUUUUAAAAAAAUAUUCUGCUAUAUUUACCAGCUUAGAUUUCAACAAAGCCUUCUCAAAUAUACUUUUAAAAAGCUUCCAAGGCAUUUUCUCUUACAUAUUUGUCAUUCCUGCAUGUUUUUUGCUGUCAUUUUAACACUGGUCCGUGUCUUUGUUCCGUGCAGCACUCACAUUUGAGCUCAAGCCCACCGAACCACACGAGAGUUCAGUUACUUGGUGUUUGGUGCGCGGCGAUGUAGUAACGUUCCUAUUAGCGUGAUAGUGUGGAUUUGAGUUGUCCAUGCAGCUAUCUAACUAAUGCAUAAGUAGAUGCUGCUAUAUAAGCACGUUUUCCACACGUUCACAUGAAUAUCAUAACUUAAAUCAGGGGUGUCCAAACUUUUCCCGGCACGGGUCGCAAACUGGAAAAUCAAAUGAUACUUUGAUAUUUUACAUUUUGUAACCCAACCCAUGUAGAUAUGCUAACAAGUUACUGUAUACUGUAUAUAUUUCAAGAUUCCGUUACAGAUCACAAAGUGUAUUAGUACUUUUUGUCCACUGCUUGUUUGACCAUUUUUGCUGUUGCUGUUUUUCAGUUUUACAAAUAUUUCCACUGACUUCUUGAACAUUUUUUUCAAAAUACUGUGACUUUAUUCCCUCAAUAUUCCAACCUUUUUUUCCUAAGAAUUGCAACUUUAUUCUUUGUUUGUUACUAAUAUGGCGAAAAUUGUUGCGCAAAUUACUGUGAAAAUGACUUUUUUCCUCAUAGUAUUACGACAUUAUGCUCGUACGUUUUUUUGCCGUGAUGUUACAAUUUUUUACAUUAACAAUAUGACCUUAUCCGAAUAUCUCUACUUUAUUCUUGUAAAAUUACUGCUCUUUUUUCCAAUUUUUCUUGUUGUUUUUGUUAGUUUACUUGUUUAAAUUGUAUUUUUUAAAAGGUGCAUAGGGUCGAUAAAAAAAAAAAAAAUCUGCCACAGGCCGCAAAUGUCCUUUGGACACCCCUGACCUAAACAAUUGUAAGGGCCAGCGUUUAAUAGGUUGUAGUGUACAACAUGUAUAUUUACAUAUACAUGAUAUGUAUGUUAGAGUGUAAAAGGAGGGCCAUUUGCAGCCCUUGUCUGUUUUAUUGGCCUGCAGCACAUUCUAAAAAAAAAAAAAAAAAAACAGCAGCAGAAAAAAUGGAAAAAUCAGCAGCCAUUUUACAAGAAUAAAGUCAAAAUAUUAGAAGAAGGAAGUUGUAAUCUAACACGAAAAAGUCAAGAAUAACAUUGUAAAAUGAUGAGGAAAAGUAACAUUAUUUUAGUAGCAUAAAGUUGAAAUAUGAAAGAAAAAAAUACAUUUUUUUUUAAGUUAUAAUGUUAUUAUUAUGUUUUUUUUAAGUUAUUUUUAAAAUAUUAUGAGAAACAAAAUAAAAAGUUUUGGAAAGUUAGGUUGCGGAAGAAGUUAUGAAAAGAAAGUCUAAAAGUUGUAACAUGAGAAACAAAACAAAACACAACAAAGUAGUACUUUUUGGAAAAUUGGGUUGGGAAUAAAGUCAAAAUAUUAUGGGAAAGAACAUUUACAAAGAUGAUUUAAGAAGACAGCUGAAACAUUUGGAAAAUGAAGAAAAACCCCAAAAUGGGGAAAAACAGCAAAGAGCGAUGCAAGUGGCCCUUGCAUCCUCUCAUUUUUCUAUGUGGUCCUCGCUGGAUAAAGUUUGGACACCCCUUGUGCAAAACAUGUAUAGUAAAUGACAAAAUACACUACUGUAGCAUUAUUAGGUGUAAAGAUUGUACUCACAUGAAAGAUUCCUUCAAAAAGGGAUAAACGCAUGCGCAGUAGCGCUUGUUAGAAGACUGCGAUGAGGCCGCAUGGCUCGUUAUUACACCGGGGUCGGGAUGAUAGCCUAAAUGCACCAGAGUUCCUUUGAACCGAACCAAACACGACAAAUGUGAACGCACUCUUUGGAGGCAAAGAGAGCACUGUUCUUUCAAAAUAAAAGUACCUUACGUUCUAUGAAGGGAGAGUAUAAAAAUAAAGCGUAGUUCUCAUUUUAUGGAGAAAUUGCACAGCACGUCCAGUUAAUUAUUUGUAUUUUUUAUUGUUGUUUUCUGCCUUAAUAUUUUGCUAUUCUGCCAUGACACUGACAUUCUGGCCUUGGAUUGCACCACCCCCUGAAACAACUUGUGUUUUCGAGUAAAAGAAUGUGAAUGAACCUCGGCUUGGAGGAGGGCACCGAGGAAAUCACAAAGACGAACGAGUUCAAGCACCUUAUUUACCAAACAUUUCAUUCAUACCAAACCGACCACUGAUGGUGAAAUAUUUGCUAGGAUUUGACGAGACAUGCACAUAAGGAUUCCCUAUCAUUUUUAUUUGCCCUUCUCGUUGUUUCACAACAACGGAGGGCUCGCUUUGUAAAUACGCGAGGACUGCUUCCGCUUUGCAUCAUUCCGACAAAAGUUUUAGGGAGAGUAAAACCUUUUAUUAUACACGACCCAUCCUUCUUUUGACUCUUCAUAGUAUAUUAGAUAGAUCCAUACGUGUAACAAAUAUUAUUUCAAAGGGAUUAACUUAGUAUUUCAUCCAAAUAUAUAGAUGAAAAAAAAGACUCAGACUAUAAACUGUAAUAAUAAUAUCCUUUAUGAAGCCUCUACUGUAUAAAUCCAAUCUAAAAUACAAAUUCCGAUGAAUUGUAUGUGUAAUAACCCCCGAAUGAAUACAUCACUUUCUAUGUACGUUAGGAUAAGAAGCAAUAAACAAAACGAGUCGGUUGUUGAAAUAAUAUUCUAUCCAGACUUUGAUUAUUAGCAUAUUAGCGUUUCAUAUCAAGCCACAGCUCUUUGUGUACGGAGCGUGAUGUUAUAAGAUAGCUGCUGUGCUCUUCAGGGUUUUUCUGCGUGACGUUAUGUUGAAUAUUAAGCGGAGCACACAGGUGACGAAGCAAAGGGCGCGCUUCUUUUUAGCGCUGCCUGUUUUCAGGCCAUAGUACGCCUGAAAGGUCAGAAGUGGCGUGUAGCCAAAGACCAAAUUAGGAGGAGACUGAUGCUGUGUUUCAAUUCACACGCUUUUGUGACUGUUGAGUGCACUCAAAACACUCAUGGUGGUAAGUGCGCUGUGCUGGACACUUACCAACCUCAAUUGUAGCGGAAGGGGCAGGACUACCGUACCUACAUGCAAGCAAGAAAAAGUAAUUAAAAAUUCUGGGUUAACUAUUGUAAAAAAAAAAAGGAAAAAAGUGGGCGUUCCAAAUUGUUUCCCCAAAAUGUUUCCCCAAGUGGUUGCAAUUCACCAUUAAAAAAAGGAGAGAGGAAGAAGCAGGUACAACUUCACCAAGCUCCCAAUCUCAUCCACUGACUCCAAGCCUACAGCACCCUCUUGUGGCUGUCAGUCAGUAUAAAUAAAAAUUUAAAAACGUGCUCAAUUAUAUAAAUUUUGAUAUACAGUGUAAGUCGCAAAACCAGCAAAACUAUGAAAAAACUGGGACUUAUAGUCCAGAAAAGACGGUACAACCUUCAAUAGUCGCCAUCUUGUCUUCGUAGCGAAAGGUGCGGGACUACCACAUCUACACGCAAGCGAAAAAAAGUAAUAAAUUCUGUUCUAGUUAUUGCAAAAAAUAAAUAAAUAAAGUGGGCAUUGUAAAUGUUGGUGAAAAUGCUUCAAGUGGUUGCAGUUCACCAAUCAAAAAGGAAAGAGGAAGAAACAGGUACCAUAUUUUCUGGACUGUAAGUCACAUUGGUCAAAAAAUUGGUCCUGAAGAGGGAAAAAAAACAACAACAUAUAAGUCGCAUCGGAAUAUAAGUCGGAUUUUUUAAAGAAUGUAUCUCACAAAAUUCAUACAUUAAAUCUGGGAAGACAAGUUAAAAGGCUGAAUAGUUGUGUGCUAUGUUAACUUUACACAUGAACAGUUAUUGAGCUUCGCAAUAUCAUAAAGAACAUACCUGGCAGGUGGAAUAGGCUAAACUAAAAUAAGCCAGUGAGCCCGACAAGCAAGUUAGCGCCAAGCAAGUUCACCGAGCUUCCAAUCACAUCCCACAUCAAUGAAUCCAAGCCUACAGCAGCCCCUUGUGGCCGUCAAAGGUAAUGUUCAUUCCCUGGUUCAUAUCAGUCAGAAUGAAUUAAAAUUUAAAAACAUGUUCAAUUACAUAAAUAUAUAUUUUGAUAUACAGCCACAGGACCAGCCAAACUAUGAAAAAAGUGCGACUUAUAGUCCGGAAAAUACAGUACAAUCCUCAAUCAUAGUCAUAAAAAAACGAAUACAUUUUGUUUAUAUUAUUGCAAAAAUCAACAAGUGGGCAAAAAGCAGACGUACCAAAUGAUCGAGUGGUUGCAAUUCACCAUAAAAAAGGAGAGAAGGAGAAACAGUUAAAUACUGCGAUCGUCAUUUCCGACCGUAAUCAAUUUGGGACAUACACUGUCAAGUUAAGUACACAGCGUAUGCAGUAUACCGGAUGGAAGUGUACUGACGAAAGUAUUGGAUUUGAGACACAGCUUCAGUCCAGUGUUCAUUUAUUUUGCAAAAGCAAGUCUGUGAAACAAAAGCAUAUCAGGUUUCAGUUUGGGAGGCGUGCAGCUGACAAGGCGCCGCACCCCCCCACAAGCUGAAAGGAGGGGCAGUGCCCCUCGGCCGCAGCUAGAAGCGUGCCGCGGGCGACGACGUAGCGCUCUUUUUCGGAGCGCCGCCGACUUUGAAAGGUUUUUGCCUGCAUGUUAGCAAGAGAUCGUAGCUAAGAUUUAUCCGCAUAAAGGACUCAAUAAAAAAAGCUUUACCACCUCCUCAAGGCGAACGUGGGUUUGGGAAAAAAAAAAGUCGUAUAUUUGCAGCGUAGUUUAAUCGAUACACGAAAUAAGAAUAUGCUUGUAGGUGUUAAGUUUCAUUUGUGCAGCUCGCCCAGUAUGAAAUACUCGGGGCUAAAGGGUGCGCUGACUCGUGGCGACGCUGGAGUCGUUAAUUUCUUCGUAGUAUUAUUCAUUCCGAUAUUGUAUUACGCUUUCUGUUCUAGUAAAAGUAGAAACUGUUGAUGUUUUUUCUUGAUAUGAAAGUUUAUGCAUUUAUGUAGGAUCCCUCUGAAGGAGUGAUAGGAAAUCCUUAUUCUCAAUGGAUGCACUUACGCAACUGUAACCAACUUUUACGAAAUCUCACGUCAAGCAAGUAACGCAUUUGAAUGUACAAAGAUUUAAAAAAACAAAAAAAAAACACGACUUAAUGCACUCCUUUUUUUUAUUACAAGCUUUAAGUUUUUGUUUUUUGGGGGAAGGGGAAAGAAUUUGUGACAAGUUCAGACUAUAUUUGAGUUCUUCCACAUACAUUUAUACAAAGUAACUUAAAAUGACUUUAAAAAAAACAUAUUACAGUUUCUGUAAUCUAUUUUGCUAACAUUGGUUUUUAUUUCUUAGAACGCAGAGGAAAAAAGUCAGUAUCUGGAUGUUAUUUAUGGAAACAAAUGAAGCAACAUAUUUAAAAGACGUUUUGUUUUUUAAUUAAAAAUGACAAGAAGUUAAUAUAUUUCUAAACGGGGAGGGGGGAAGUCAGUUUCUACGUAAAUGGAGAAGUUUUAUUUAUGACAGUUAACUUCACACACGUGGACGACAGAAUAGACUAUUUUUUAGAAUUUGGAGAUAUUUUAGUCGCAGAGCAUCAAUCUUGUGCCUCGAUGAUAUCAUCUGUAACCCCGCCCCCCCCUUGCCCAUACACACAUAUAUGCCUUCAAGGAACCCCAUAGUACUGACUGACACACGUUACGUUACAUUUCCUCUGUGAAACAAACUGGCUUCUUGGAAUUCAAACGUUAGCACAACACGCCAGGACUGCAACAUACACUUUUCAUUUUGGACAUCUACUACUCAAGUUUUUGAUUGACAGCGACAGAGCAGCUUGAUGAAGGCCUGAUUAGUUGGUUAGUGGUCCUGCUUGAACUUGGAUCCAACACCGCAGCCACUUUUUGCUGGUGAGGUGAAGUGAAAGCGUAGUAGAUCUAUGUAAGUAGAUGCUCACACACACACACUCAUACAUACGCACGUGCGCACACACACACACACACACACACACACACACACACACACACACCAGGAUCAUUACUGUACUAGUUUGCAUGUAUGUCGUAUGGUCACUUAGGUGGGAGGAGCAGCGUAAAGGGUUUCUCCCUUCGUCGCUCCACCUCUGUAGAUUUUCAUAGUCGGGAGUCUCUUCGGAGGUCAAAAGUUGACAAGUUUGACGGCAGACGAGGACGCCACCUCAGUCCCCGCGUCAAAACAUCUCCUAUCGCCUCACAGCAAAUCCACUUGAACUUCCAGUAGUUUGAAAACUUGACAGCCAACGUCACAUUCUCCUGCUGCAUGCGCGAAGGGACUCAAGUGGCGCCCCGUCCCCGGUCGAAAACCUGCGAUCUUCCUCCGAAGAGGCCGAUACGGUCUGACAGUUUGUCUUUUGGUAGCGUUUCCAAUAUUUGCAGCACAGUAGGUGUGUUUCAUGCCGGUCUAAUAGUGGUGGUAGUGCAUUAGUUUACGGGCCAGCGUCAACGCCUGGUGUUAGUUUCUGGUUUCCCUGUGAACGGUGAAAGAGGGUUGCCUGCGUGGCGCUCUGUGGCUGACCGUCAACUUUUGAUGGAUGCGAACACAAAAAAAAAAAAAAAGAAAGAAAAAAAAUGGAAAAAAAAAUCUUUGAACUCUGUUACAGUGUGCCAUGCCCGACCAGGCAUGUGAUAUUGCAGGUUUAUUUCUUAUAGCACACGUUUUUUUGGUGAAUUACAUUUUUGGAAGACAUUUUUAUUAUUAUUAUUAUUAUUAAUUAUUAUUGUAUCUGCUCCAUGUUAGUUCUGGUUCUUUGUUAUUUUUCCAAGAUACGAGAUGUAUUGUAAAUGUUUCUAAUAAAAACAACAAAAUGAAAAUGAACCCUGACAGAUGGAUGAGUGGUGCUUUUUAUUUUAUUAAAUGUACCGUAUUUAUUAUGGUGUGAAUAAUGAAAGAAAAAUAUUAUACUGGAUAAAGCUUAUCCAGUUAAGCUUUGAGAAAUGUCAUUCACUUCUAAAUGGUUGAAAUGAGCAGUUAGGAUGAGUUUCUAAACACCCAAAAAAACCAAACUGACUGAACUGCUGGAACUCAAGUUUCAAAAUCAUAAUUGGAUAUAUAAUAAAUUAAAUUAUUUACAUGUGAUUACAUUAUUUAAAUAUGUAAUUUUUGCACAAAUGUACUUUCUGUUUUAGAUGAAAGGCAAAAAAAAAAGUCACUGUUCAUGACUGUGCUAAAUCAUUUUGUCAGGGGGUUUAAAAUAUGCCAUCCAUCUAUUUUCUAUACCGCUUCUUCUCAUUAGGGCCAUGAGGCAUGCUGGAACCUAUCCCAGCUGACUUCGGGCGACAGGCGGGGUACACCCUGGACUGGUGGCCAGCCAAUCGCAGGGCACAGACAAACAACCAUUCACACUCACAUUCAUACCUAUGGACAAUUUAGAGUCACCAAUUAACCUCACCUGCAUGUUUUUGGAUGUGGGAGGAAACCGGAGUACCCGGAGAAAACCCACGCACACACGGGGAGAACAUGCAAACGCCACACAGAAAUGCCCAAGGCAGAAUCGAACCCAGACUGUUACUGUGUUGGCCAACAUGCUAACCACUAGACCACCGUGCGGCCCGUUUAAAAUAUGCAAUAUUUCAUAAUUUGCAAGUUGAAAGGGUUAAAUAAAAAUUGUGCACUCGUCUCAGCUAUCAAAAGAGCAGUUGUCAGUGCAUUUUUGUGCAAUGGAGCAGACAUAAAAUCAUCAAACUGAACUGCUACAAAGUCAGUUUUCUCUGAUUAGUGAUCACAAUAAGUGAAUGCAUUGAAUAUGUUUGUUGUGCCAAGGAGACUAGAUUAGAAACGGUCUAUUACAAAUGAGAUUUAUUUAUACAGAUGCAGUCCAAUACACAUAUAUUAGAAUAAAUGAUUUUUGUGUGUUUUUCAACAAAAAGCCCUCACCUACACCACCCAGUUUAAGACCCGUGAAGGCAACACAACUGUCAACUGAUUGUGUGCACACAUUUUUAAAUCAAACCCUUACUUACAAACACAAAUAACCUGUCUCAGCGGCCCCCCAAGCCCCGCCCGCCCGAGCAAA